AUGGGUCUCUUAUCACUUGGUACUCCUUUAGAUUGGACUGACGCUAAAGCUUUCGCUGAUUUUAUAAGAACUAACGGCGUAGAGCAAUUUCUUAACAUUUAUUACAGCCUCAAGGAUCGUAAAGGUGAACCUCUUCUAUGGGGUGAUGAAGUUGAAUAUAUGGUCAUUUUACUUGAUAACUCAACUAAAACUGCUAAAUUAAGCUUAAGACAAUCAGAAAUUCUAGACAAUCUGAACAAUGUUACAGAUGAUAUCGUAAAUGACUCAAAUUCUUCAAUUGUUUCAUCACAAGUUCCAACUUUUCACCCAGAAUUCGGUAGAUAUAUGAUAGAGUCAACCCCCGGUGUACCAUACUCCGCAGGUUUGAAGGAAUUACUCACAGUCGAAGUAAAUAUGCGUCUUCGUCGGAACAUUACAAAGCAUCACUUACCACCGAAUCAUAUACCAAUCACUUUAACUUCCUUUCCUACGCUUGGUGUAAACUAUCCAUUUUUGGAUCCACACUAUGAACCAAAUGGCGAAGCAUCACAAUCAUUAUUCCUUCCGGAUGAGUUGAUUAAUCCACAUGUGAGGUUUCCAACACUUGCUGCUAAUAUAAGGAAGAGACGGGGCGCAAAAGUUGCAAUCAAUGUUCCAAUCUUCUUCGAUGAGAACACUCCUAGACCAUUCAUUGAUAAGACCAUUCCAUAUGAUAGAGACCUCUUCCCUGGUGAUAAGGAAGCUAAGGAGGGUGCUGCAAAACCUGAUCAUAUUUAUAUGGACGCUAUGGGUUUCGGUAUGGGUUGCUCCUGUCUCCAAUUGACAUUCCAAGCAUGCAAUGUAAAUGAAGCUUUUAACGUCUACGAUGCUUUAGCUCCUGUUGCCCCAAUUAUGCUCGCUUUAACAGCAGCUGCACCUAUCUAUAGAGGUUACCUUUCAGAUGUCGAUGCUCGCUGGAAUGUUAUAUCUGCAGCAGUUGAUGACAGAACAAAGGAAGAGAGAGGAGAAGAACCACUCAAGAAUGAUAAAUAUAGAAUUCCGAAAAGUCGUUACGAUAGUAUAGACUCAUAUCUUUCAACGUCACCACGCAACAGACCAGAAUAUAAUGAUAAUCCACUCCCAAUGAAUAAAGAAGUUCACAAAGCACUAAUUGAAGCAGGAAUCGAAUUACCAUUAGCAAAUCAUAUAGCACAUCUCUUCAUACGCGAUCCAAUUGUCAUUUUCAACGAACUGCUUAAACAAGAUAACACCAAGUCAUCAGAUCAUUUCGAAAACAUUCAGUCAACAAACUGGCAAACAUUAAGGUUUAAACCGCCACCACCACAAUCAAAGAUUGGUUGGAGAGUCGAAUUCAGAUCAAUGGAAGUACAACUGACGGAUUUUGAAAAUGCUGCUUUCUCAGUAUUCAUCGUUUUACUCACAAGGGCAAUACUUAGCUUCGAUCUUAACUUUUACAUGCCAAUAUCAAAGGUAGAUGUCAAUAUGCAAAGAUCUCAGAAGAGGGAUGCGUCAAGACAAGAAAAAUUCUUCUUCCGCAAGAAUUUAUUCCCAAAACGUGAUCGCGAUAUCGAAAAGUAUAGAUUUGAUAGUCCAAGAAUGGAACCAAUGAAGAAAUCAUUCGAUAAUUUCAAAGAAGAAUCAAAUAUGAACGGUAAACGAACGACCUCAUCUGAAAGUUUAGCGUCAAAUUACAAUAUAAACGUUGAAGAAGAGAUUGAUGAGAUGUCAAUGGAUGAAAUCAUCAAUGGAAAAGAUACAUUCCCUGGAUUGAUGGGAUUGGUUUACGCAUAUCUACACUCAUUAAACGUUGACAUUGAAACUAAAUGCCAGAUAAAGAAAUAUUUACAAUUCAUAAAAGAUAGAGCAUCUGGUAAAUAUAUUACCUUUGCAACAUGGACUAGAAAUUUUAUGAGAUCGCAUCCUGAUUACAAGCAAGAUUCAGUUAUAACAUCAAAGAUGAAUUAUGAUUUCAUUAUUGCGGCAGAUGAGAUUGAAAGGGGUAUUAGAACUGAGCCAAGUUUGUUACCGCCAAGUUACAUUGGUUCAGACAAACUCAAAGAACCUUCAGUAAUGGAUCUUUCUCAAGGCGUCUCAUCUGGCGCUGAACCAGAUAAAAGACCGACACCAACUGAUGGUUUAUCUAGGUUAAAAGGAAGCAAUUUGUAUACCGUUUAAAGAAUUUCUUUAUUUGGUUUUGUUUUUAUGUAUAAUAUUGUCAUUAGUCUACAUAAAUGUCAUAUCUCCUUAUCUUCUGUAACUUCAUAGUAAAGUUAUCUUUGCAUCCAAAAUGUGUAACUUGUCCAUUAGGUGAGUGCACUGAUAUGACACUAUUUCCUAAUCUCUUCUUGCAUUCGGGACAAAUUCUGUUAUCAUCUAUGACGACAUAUCGACUCUCAAGGUCAACAAGCUUCAUCGCCAGCCUCUCAUUCUCCGAUUUACGAAUAUUACUAACGACACUGCCCCAUCGCUGGUUACUACUGGUGGCUUUAUAGUUUCUAAGUAGAAACCGCUGAAGUUCUUGUAAGGGGACGUCUCCUGGUAAGGACUGCAAGACUUGUUGUAUGUCAAACUUGGUCGGAAAGUUGCACAACAAGGAUAUAAUUUCAUUCAUAUUAUCACCUUCAUCCGACAUCGUACUGUAUGAUGGUGAUAUUGCCGUUGCUUUAAAAUAACUUGAUUGAGAACCGGGCGACGUCGAUUUAUCCCCCUUAAGAUAAAAUUUGAGCAAUUUACUGAAGAUUUCCUUAUCUUCUUUCUCAACUUUAACGCAAUACCGGGUUGCGCUGUCGAAAUCGUUUAGAUUCUUGACAUAUAUCCUCAAAGCAUCUUCAUAUUUGCCCA